GAGGGAAGUUUCCUACAACUCCACUGUGCAGUCCAGCAAAGACCUCACUGUCAUCAAAGUGACUGCACUGUCUUCUAUCCAACUCUAAGCUUCCAACAGUACAGAUCAUGGAUAUAACAAUUCAGCACCCCUGGUUCAAACGAGCUCUUGGUCCCUUAAUUCCAAGCCGUUUGUUCGAUCAGUUUUUUGGAGAAGGUAUUUUUGAGUAUGAUUUCAUGCCUUUGUUUUCCUCUACCAUCAGUCCUUACUACAGGCAGUCUCUCUUCCGUACAGUUCUGGAGUCAGGCAUCUCUGAGGUGAGAUCUGACCGGGACAAAUUUACAAUCUUUUUGGAUGUAAAACAUUUCUCCCCUGAAGAUUUGAGUGUGAAGGUCAUGGAUGACUUUGUGGAGAUCCAUGGCAAACACAGUGAGAGACAGGAUGACCAUGGGUACAUCUCCCGUGAAUUCCACCGCAGGUACCGUCUCCCAUCCAGUGUGGACCAGUCAGCCAUCUCCUGUUCUCUGUCUGCAGAUGGCAUGCUGACGUUCUCUGCCCCCAAGGUUCAGUCCAACACUGACCUUAGCCAUGGUGAGAGACCCAUUCCUGUGUCCCGUGAAGAGAAGCCAACCUCAGCUCCUUCUUCCUAGGCUGAACCUGCACCUGAAGCAUCCAAGCUAUCACUUCUUGCGGGCCUCAUUCACAGAGCCAUUACAUAGAUAUCAGUGAAUAUCUAGAAGGGUUUCUUUUUAUUCUUUUUUUCCUUUUUUUGGUUCUAUUUUUUUCUUUUGGAGGGAAUGAGAGACUGGGUGAACACCUAGAGGACUUGGAAGCUCUAAGCCAAAAACACUGUGAUGAAAGGAUAGCGUGAGAGGCGAAGGAUGAUGCAGAGUUGAUGUACUUGCUGAAAAAGGGUCUGAACAUCCUACAAACCCAGCCGAAGUAGCGGGCGGCAUUAGCUCUCAAUGCAUUCGUUGUUGAGUUUGGUGCUGCAGAAGCAACAGUACAGAACUGUUCUCUGCUAAAGUGAUUCAGAUACAAAAGCAAAUGAGAGCUGAGCUGAUUACUGGGGGGAAAAAACCAGGGAGAAUGUAUGGAGUUUGCAAUGACUGUGCCAUGAGCUCUUUCAGGUAAAAGGACAAAUAACGAUACACGUGUCUUGGGGAGGGGCCUGUAACUGUUUUCAGCAAAGUUUCCUUUUUUAAGUGUAUCUCUUUACAUCCACCGCAGUGUCAUUUUUUCUUUGUGGCCACUGAUGCAAGGACAAGCAUCCCUUCGUUAUCUUUGCUGAGCCCCCCUCAGGGUCCAUCACAGUGCUGAGGCUUCAAACCCCUUCCAAGCUCUCUCCAGGCCUGCAUGUAUCACACCAUCUUCCUUAAUCUUGCUGUAAUUCUAACGUAGCUCCACCUGUUCUACUGAUAUUUGAUACACAAUCUGAGAACUCAGUCAGUGGCAGUCAAUAAAAAAAUGUGAAACAA